AUGGUACGAACAUAUCUAACCAGUCUAUGUAGCAUCGACGAGACCUUCUUCUCGGUGCGCUUCAAGUACGGUGCCCAUACCAUCUUGAUGUUUGUCGAUGGCCAACAAAAAUUCUCCGAAGUAACUGUUUCGCUUCUCGAGGUGCUCCGUGACCGCUUCCCCGACGGUCUCACAGUCAACCACACUUCCCCCGAGGCGACCGCUAUUCCCGAGGGCGACGUACAACUGGCUUAUGCCUUGCCUGUCAAUGCCACCGAUUUGACGCAAGGGUGGAAGAAUAUCAAGGUCACUGACAGCGAUACGCCAGUUGCCAAGGGCUUCAAAGACAAUUGCAUUGUCGCGUUCUCAUUUGAGACAGAUGAGCCCGAGUUCUUGGUCGACAUCCCGACUCUAGACGAUGAGAUGGAAGAUGAAGAGGGCAUGGGGUCUGACGCAUGA